UGUCCCUGUGCCAUACCCCUGCCCCCUGCCCAGGUUUAAGGCCACCUCUCAGGACCAAGCAAGGAGAAGAGUGAGAGGUCGCCAUGUCCCCUGGGAGCCGAGAGCAAACCCACAGCCCCGGGGGCCUGACGCCCCAUCUUUCCAGAACCCUGAUCCUGAUCCUGCUCAUCGUGGCUUCCAGCCCGCACCCCGACGCCUGCGUCGUGGUCCCCUUGGAAAAUGGCACGUCCGUCACCUGCCAUCCCCCAGCGCAGGUGCCUCGUUCGCUGCCAGCCGACACCAUCCACCUGGUAGUGGAGUUCUUCAACCUCACGCAGCUGCCCGCGGGCAUCCUCUGGGGUGUCCCCGACCUCCAGGACCUGCAUCUCUCCAGCAACCGGCUGGAGAACCUCUCUGCGACUUUCCUGCUGCAGGUGCCUCGACUCCAGGUGCUGGAUCUCACGCGCAACGCCCUGGCCCGGCUGCCCCCUGGGCUCUUCCGGCGCUCGGCCGCCCUCUGCACUCUGGUGCUGAAGGAGAACCGGCUGGCGACCCUGGACCGCUCAUGGCUGCAGGACCUGGGUGCCCUGGAGCAUCUGGACGCGUCAGGGAACCAGCUCCGGGAGCUGCCCCCCGGACUGCUGGCCAACCUCACCCGGCUGCGAAUCCUGGACCUGAGCGCUAACCAGCUGGACGCUCUGCCUGAGGACCUCCUCUGGGGCCCUGUGAAUUUGGAGCAUUUGCAUCUCGAGGGCAACCGGCUGCGGGUGCUGGGCGCCGAGCUGCUGGCCCCACAGCGCAACCUGCGCUUCCUUUUCCUGGGGGAUAAUGAGCUGAGCGAGGUGGCGGCCGGCGCCUUCCGCAACUUGCGGCAGCUGGACAUGCUGGACCUGUCCAACAACUCGCUGAGCCGCGUGCCCGAGGGUCUCUGGGCCUCCCUAGGGCGGCCCAGCCGGGACAUGGAGGACGGAUUUGACCUUUCCAGGAACCCCUGGGUCUGCGACCAGGCCCUGCGCGACCUCUAUGACUGGCUGCUGGUCAAUCAGGAAAAGAUGUUCUCUCGCGAUGACACCCGCUGUGCGGAGCCUGUGGCUCUUCAGGGCCAGACGCUGCUGACAGUGGCCCAGGAUCCCUGAGGGCGGGGGUAGGGGUGCUGCAGAACCCCACUUUGCAGACAGGUACACGGUCCCCUUUCCAAGGCUGGGGACCCUUUCUGCAGGCCCAACCUUUUCUACUCUUCUAGAUGAACCUUUUCCUGUGUUUCCAGAUCCCUCUGUGGGGACCCUCAACCAGACCCCCCAUAACAGUGCGCGCGCGCGCACACACACACACACACACACACACACACACACAAACCCCACAGAUGGACUUUGCUUGGUCCUUCUGCCUGAGUUUGAGGGGCUUUUUCUGAAUGCAAGUUCUGGGAUGGAGUCCCCUCUGCUAGACAUCCCUUGGGGCUCGCCAAAGGAAUUAAUAAAUAACUUGAGCAGAACCAAGUGAAUCGGGUUCCAUGCUUCCCCUCCCCCCUCCUCA